AUGGAAACCGCAAAGCCCGGCUCACCCACGAACAGUUCUCCACGGACCCUGGGCAUCCCGGCCAUCACCGUUCAAGACUCGCCGCUCCAAAUAGCCCCGCCCAUCUUUGUCUUUGCAGCAUCAAGGAUACACGUUGGAUACAUCAGCCGCAUUACCCUGACAAACACAUCGGCCUCCGCGGCCGUGGCAUUCAAGUUCAAAACGAAUGCGCCGACCCGGUACUCGGUCAAGCCUGUGUACGGCAUCCUCGAGCCAUCCAAGAGCAUGGAGGUCUUGGUGCGCUGCGAAUCGUCUCUUGAGAGUCAGGACCGCUUCCAGCUCCAGGUUGUCACGCUCCAGUCCGAAGAAACUGCCAGAUUCGCAUCAACAAGUUGGAAGUCGGUCGCUGCGACACGCAUCAAAGAUCUACUGCUGGACUGUCGGCUCAUGCAGAAUACCACGCCGGGCCCGACCGUGGGGCGGAAGGCAUCGCAGGAGCUCAAAGCCGAGAAGCCCUCGAAUCCGACCAUCAAAUUUCACGAUGCCCCGCCGCCUUACACACCACAGGGCACCAAUUCUGCGCCAGCCAUGAUUCAUUCGUCGCCGUACAUGGGAGUACCUCAAUCAAGCCCGGGCAUUGCGUUGUACACCCCGACGCAGGAAAAGGCCGACCCUCCGAUGCUCUCUGGCUGGAGACAGAUCAGCAUUUUCCAGCUCGUGCUCAUCGCCAUCCUGUGCAUUGCCCUGGGGGUUGUUCUCGACUACAAGAGCGCUGCCGUGACGCUGGAACAGAUGAUGCGGUGGUAG